AUGAAGGGCAGUGACAAGACAGGAGCCCCCCUACCCAUCCUGGUCGACCUGAAACACAAGCCGGGAACCGCGCUGGACGAGGUGGCGCCCAAUCAGCGCGCGUCCGAGGUGUGCGCCGUCCCGGUUGUGAAGGGGGUCUUGUUGCUGUUGUUGGUGGUGCUGCUGUUGUUUGCCCGGCGCCGCUGCCUCGCAUCGCGCGUAGCAUUCCUCCGGCCAAUUCGAGAGAAAGAAGCGACGAACAACAGGCGACUGGUUCCUGCGGCGCUGCUGCUCCUCUCACUUCAUCCCUUCUCGUUCAUUCACCCCGCAUCUGGCCCCCAGAAUGGCGGAUUCCGGCCCGCCUACAUGUACUCAGUACAGGCCAUAUGUGUCAACACGUCGCGGAAUCAUGGGCCCGCCCAGCGGUUCAAGCCGCUCGAGGAUCCGUUACCGUGUCUCGAGUGCUGCCGCCCUCGCGCCGCAACGGCAGGAUUCGAGGUGCCGCUUCUUCUUGAGCGCGCCAUGUUGUGUAACGGCUGUGUAUUGGAAUAUUGGCAGACAAAGCUGCACACCUUCUCUUGUGUCGAGCAACAAUAA